AGUAAAAUGGAGUUUCAUGGGUCAAACUUCAACCUCAUCAUACUCGUCAGUUUGUGCAUAGUCAAUAUUUUGAAGAUUGAAUCAGCAACGUUUAUGCUUCAAAUGACAGUUGAUGAAUCAGGACAAUUGACUGUUCACUUUGAUGGGAUGAACUUCACUUUGCGUGAUGACUUUACAUUAACAAUUCAAGAUAAUGACUGUGAAAGGAGAGUUUCACUGAAACCACCAACCCUAAAUGAGCUGGUGACGAGAAAAGGAUAUCGUCCGGGUUCUUUGCUGUGUAAAAGUUGGUUUGCAAGAAACCGAAAUAUUCAUCCGGAAAUAGACGAAGUCAGACAAUACUAUGAAGGGAGUAAUCCAUAGAGUAUAGCUGUGCAAACAAUACUGUAUGGGCAGAAAAAUGACAAAAUUAGACUUCAUACUCAUUGUGUAACUGAAAAAAUCCAAAUGUAUCAAUUUAAAUGAUUUCCUCGGAUGUUUCCAAUAAAUAUGCCUCCUUUUCUGAAUGCUGAGUAUUCUUCUUCCUCUUCCUGUAUAUUAGAUCUUCAUUAAUAAAUUUAUUUGCG